CAAUGUUUUGUCUUCCAUGUGAAAUUCGAACUUAAUCUCGGUGAACCAGGUCGCAUGCUGUUGAUCUAAUUUCUUCUCUAUCAUCAUCUCCAGCGGGGCGAAGGAGGCUGCAGCCCGUGUGCCCGCUCGACUCUUCCCCGCCAGUGAGCAGUGGCGUCCCGGCCUCCGCUGCCUUUUUUUCCCUUCUUUUCCUGAUUAAGAACACUUUCGGACGAAAACACAAACAUGUCGACGGGGAGGAACACGGCGUUAAGUGAAAACACACUCUUUGGGAUGGGAAAUCCCUUGCUUGACAUUUCAGCUGUUGUGGACAAAGAUUUCCUUGACAAGUUCGGACUGAAGCUUAAUGACCAGAUCCUCGCUGAAGACAAACACAAGGCCUUGUUUGACGAAAUUGUCAAGAGGAACAAAGUUGAAUACCAUGCCGGCGGUUCGACCCAGAACUCUGUCAAAAUUGCUCAGUGGAUGAUCCAGAAACCCCAAAAGGUGGCUACUUUCUUCGGGUGCAUCGGUUCCGACCAGUUCGGGGAGAUUCUGAAGAAGAAAGCGGCGGAAGUCCACGUCGACGCACAUUACUAUGAACAAAACGAGGAGCCGACCGGUACCUGUGCAGCCUGUAUCACCGGGGACAAGAGGUCCCUUGUUGCUAACCUGGCAGCGGCAAACUGCUACAAAAAGGAAAAACACCUGGACUUGGACAGCAACUGGGAGCUGGUGAAGAAAGCCAAGGUUUAUUAUAUUGCGGGGUUUUUCCUCACCGUGUCCCCAGAGUCCAUCAUGAAGGUGGCGAAGCACGCUUCAGAUAACAACAAAAUAUUCUGCAUGAACCUCUCGGCACCUUUCAUCAGCCAGUUCUUCAAAGAGCCCUUGAUGAAGGUCAUGCCUUACGUCGACAUCUUGUUUGGCAACGAGACGGAGGCGGCCACAUUUGCCAAAGAGCUCGACUUCGAGACGGAUGACAUUGCAGAGAUUGCAAAGAAGACCCAAAAUCUGCCCAAGGAGAAUACGAAAAGGCAGCGAGUGGUGGUCUUCACACAGGGCAAGGAUGACACUGUUGCAACUGUUGGUGAGAAGGUGACCAUGUUCCCCGUUUUGGACAUCGACCAAAAUGAUAUUGUGGACACUAACGGAGCCGGAGACGCCUUUGUGGGAGGAUUCCUCUCUGCGUUGGUCCAAGAGCAUGUGUUGGAGGAGUGCAUCCGGGCCGGACACUACGCCGCCAACGUCAUCAUCAGACGGGUCGGGUGCACUUUCCCAGAGAAGCCAGAAUUUCAGUGAUGCGUCCGAGCACUGCAUACAUGUCUGUUCCUCAAGAUACUUGUAUAUGUAUGCUUCAGGAUUUUGUGUACAUUUUUCAUUUUCUAAUUACAAUGAAUCACUGCAUAGGACUAAAUGCUACAUAUCAAGCUUGAAAUUUCAAAAAAAAAAACUCAAAUGUAUGAAUACAAUUCAAGUGUGCUUGUAUUGGAAUAAAAUGGGUAUGUUUUAAAGGAGCAUUCCGCUGAAAAUCUAUCGUUUGAGUGCAAAAAACUGAACGGCCGUAGGCCUGAAAGGUGUAAAGAAAAUGUCUUUUCACAACACUUCCCCACCAUUGAUCUUUAUGUUCUGCAUGUUUCAAACACUUGAGGAAGUGAAAAGUGACGAUAGUUUGGAUCCUAAGUAACGGAUCCAUGGUGGAGAAGUUGAUUAUCUUGCAGGAUAUGUUUGAAACGUUCCUAAAUUGAUUGUGCCUUUUGAAAAGCUCCUCUGAAGGACAGCAGCUGUAGUCAGCUUCGUUUCACAGAAGUUACAAUCGAUUCUGAGGAUGACCUGAAGUUACGUCAAAAAAAAAGAAAAAAGGUCCACAGAAACUUCUCAAACCAUUCCUGCUUCAUAAUCUGCUGUCACUCCUCAUGUUGAAUAUUUCACUAAAUGAAAUUGUGAUACUGCAAAAAUAACAUGUAGCUGUAAUGCUGCUGCAUUUUGUU